AAGUAUUACGGUAACGUGAGGCAGGGCGUGCUUUACUUUACGUCCGAAUGUACCACUCCGCCAACACACCGGGAAGGAUUUUGUUGUGACAGCGGUACAGCGACCCGGUGGGGAGACGGUAAUAACAUAGGAUUUUUUUUUCAUCUUGGAUCAGCUAUGGCUUUCAGCAAAGGAUACCGUAUUUACCACAAGCUGGAUCCACCACCUUACAGUGUCAUAGUGGAAACGAGGGCGAGGGAAGAAUGCCUCAUGUUUGAAUCAGGAGCUGUUGCCGUUUUGUCGGCGGCGGAAAAGGAUGCCAUUAAAAGUACUUAUACCAGGAUCUUUGAUGCGUAUGGAAUCCUUGGUGUUCUCCGGCUAAACCUGGGGGACUCCAUGCUGCACAGUCUCGUGGUUGUGACAGGAUGCAGCUCUGUGGGGAAGGUGCAGGAUUCAGAGGUCUUCAGGGUCACGCAGACAGACUUUAUAUCUCUGAAGAACGAUCCAGGUGAUGAGGACCGGAUUUCCGAGGUGCGCAAGGUCCUAAACUCAGGACACUUCUACUUUGCCUGGUCUGCUACUGGAAUCAGCAUGGAUCUAAGUCUCAAUGCGCAUCGCAGGAUCCUAGAAGACACUACAGACAACCGCUUCUUUUGGAACCAGUCUCUGCACUUGCACCUCAAACACUAUGGAGUAAACUGUGAUGACUGGCUGCUGAGGCUGAUGUGUGGCGGCGUAGAGAUCAGGACCAUCUAUGCCGGCCACAAACAGGCCAAGGCUUGCAUCUUCUCUCGCCUCAGCUCGGAGCGAGCCGGCACGAGAUUUAAUGUGCGAGGAACCAACGAUGACGGACAGGUGGCCAACUUUGUGGAGACUGAACAGGUUGUCUUCCUAGAUGAUAAAAUCUCAUCGUUCAUCCAGAUCCGAGGAUCCAUUCCUCUUUUCUGGGAACAGCCAGGAAUCCAGGUACAGAUGGUAUCAAAUGCUGAAGUAUUAAUGUAAUGUAAGGCAUUUAUU